GAGCGCCAGGCGAGGAGACGAGGCUCCCCUCUCGGCCGCUUGGCUUCUUCGUGCGGGACUAGGGACGGGGCAGGUGGCGCGUCUGGUGCGCUUGGUGCCACCAGCCUCGUUCUCCAGCCCGGCGGCUGCGAACUUUGGGGGCGUGAAAGGAGCGCUGAGCCUCCCCGACGGGAGCCAGGCGCGCUUGAGCCGCGCCGGGAGAAGCCGCCUGAAGAGCUGCGAUCCUUUGCCCUCUUGGGGGAAAGAGGGAGGCACCGCCCGAGUGGAGAGUCUGAGAGCGUCGCCGGCCUUACCUCCCUGCCGAGAGAGGGGUUCGUUCGGCUUCCUUCCUCCUCGCAGCAGGGCAGCCAAAGAGAGAACUUCAAGCUCUUUUGCAGGAUGUCUGAAGCGGGUUAUUCCUUUAUUGUUUAGCUUGCUGCCUUAUUAACAGCUGGAGCUGCAACUUCACACAGUCAAAGAAUAAUUUGCUCUCCUCAGUUUCCUUGAUCUGGGUUGCUGAGGCCAAAUAAAUUAUUGUUUGCCAGUACUGUGUUAAGUACUCUGCGGGUUUCUCUUAUUCCUGGGCUUGGAGUUGCCUUCAUCUCUUAUUCCCGUUUGCCCUCAGACUUCAAAGCACAGAAACAGCCAUGGGCUGUUUUUGUGCAGUCCCGGAGGAAUUUUAUUGUGAAGUUCUGCUUCUGGAUGAAUCCAAAUUGACCUUAACCACCCAGCAGCAGGGGAUAAAGAAGUCAACGAAAGGGUCCGUUGUCCUAGGCUACGUAUUCCGGCAUUUAAACCUUGUGGAGAUUGAUUACUUUGGACUGCGUUACUGUGACAGAAGUCACCAGACGUACUGGCUGGAUCCUGCAAAGACCCUUACAGAACAUAAGGAACUCAUAAACACUGGUCCGCCAUAUACACUGUAUUUUGGAGUAAAAUUCUACGCGGAAGAUCCUUGCAAACUAAAAGAAGAAAUUACCAGGUAUCAGGUAUUUUUACAAGUGAAACAAGAUGUCUUGCAGGGCCGCUUGCCUUGUCCUAUCAACAUUGCUGCUCAGCUCGGAGCUUAUGCAAUACAAUCUGAGCUUGGGGACUAUGACCCGUACAAGCACAUUGCUGGCUAUGUAUCAGAAUACCGCUUUGUUCCAGACCAGAAAGAAGAAUUAGAAGAUGCUGUAGAACGGAUACACAAAACUCUGAUGGGCCAAGUUCCAGCUGAGGCAGAAAUGAAUUACUUAGGAGUGGCAAAAACACUUGAAAUGUAUGGAGUUGAUCUUCAUCCUGUCUAUGGUGAAAACAAAUCUGAAUAUUUUCUAGGAUUGACCCCUGUAGGAGUAGUUGUUUAUAAGAAUAAAAAGCAAGUUGGAAAAUAUUUCUGGCCUAGAAUUACAAAGGUCCAUUUCAAGGAAACUCAGUUUGAGCUCAGAGUCCUAGGAAAAGAUUGUAAUGAAACCUCCUUCUUUUUUGAAACGCAUAGCAAAACUACAUGCAAAAAUUUAUGGAAAUGCUGUGUAGAACACCAUACAUUCUUCAGAAUGCCAGAAAAUGAGUCUACUUCUCUGUCAAGAAAACUUGGCAAGCUUGGAUCCCUUGGUUAUAAACAUCGGUAUAGUGGGAGGACAGCUUGGCAAAUGAACAGAGAUAUUUCCGUCCAGCUUCCUCGACCUAACCAGACUGUUCAAAGAAGCCGCAGUAAGACUUAUCCAAAAAGAACAGCAAAAACACAACAGAUUGGAUCUCAUUGUACAAACCAGAUUGUUAUACACAGAGAGACUGGUGAAAAUGAACAAACUACCAGAAUUAUUGCACCCUCACCAAUUAAAAGCUUUAAGAAAUCAAGACAGGAAAGUAGCCCAGAAAUCCAAAGAAGUAAAUCUAAUGCACCAUGGCAAGAAAACUGCUCUCAGAGCGGGCUUUAUAAUUCUCCCAGUGACCGUAACAGAUCACCAAAGUUUUCUUAUUCACGACGACGACACUUUUCAGGUGGUAGCGAAAAUGAACCUGGGCAGCCACUUAGAAGAAGAUCACGAUCCCGUUGUAACACCAGCAGUGGUAGUGAGUCAGAAAACUCUAACAGAGAACAUCGGAAGAAGAGAAACAGGUUACGGCAGGAAAAUGAGAUGGUUGAUUCAGCUCCUCAGUGGGAAGAAGUGCUGAGGCGACAGAAAGAGAAAAACCAAUGUGACCCUAGCCAUCGGCGAUCCAGGCACAGAUCUCGCUCGAGAAGUCCAGAUGUGCAAGCAAAGGAAGAAUUAUGGAAACACAUUCAGAAGGAACUUGUGGAUCCAGCUGGCCUCUCAGAGGAACAAUUAAGGGAGAUUCCUUACACCAAAAUAGAGACUCAAGGUGACCCUGUUCGCAUUAGGCACUCCCAUUCCCCCCGGAGCUAUCGCCAAUAUCGAAGGUCCCAGUGUUCUGAUGGAGAGAGAUCUGUUCUUUCAGAAGUGAACUCUAAAAUGGACCUUGUACCUCCAUUACCUGUAACUCGCUCUUCAGAUGCUCAGUGCUCCACCAUCACAGUAUCUCAACAGAGGCGAAAUGGGUCCAAAGACAGCUUGAUAGAAGACAAGAUCCAGACAUCCAUUAAUAACCUGGAUGGAAAGCAUGGUACAAAGACAAUAAAAAUUGUACAAACAUCACGGCUCAAGAUAGAAACUUGAUUCCAGUGAGGACUGAAUGGAUGCAACUCCUUGAAUUUGUGAAUGACGCAAAAGUCCAGAUAUACUUCAGCCAAAAGAUUUGCUUUGGUUUAAAGAGAAGAUACUAAUCAUGAAAGAAUGUUUGAACUAUUACUUCAUUGCUCUGGAGCAAACAUUUUUUCCCCUAUGGGAAUAAAGCCUAUUUUUAAAAGUAACAGCCAUCAGCCACUACAGUUCGAAAACCAGAUCAGAUGAAACUUUAUUAUGACAACCUAGUAACUGAAAAAUCACUUCAAGACUGGCACUAUCAGUUGAGAUAUCCAAGGUUUGACUUUUUUCUAAAUGUGCAAUAGUAAUGUUGUUUUUCUUAAUUCACUUGUUGAACAUAUAUGCUGAAUGGGAGUAGUAAUUCAUAUGUCUUUACUUGCCUAGUGAUACCAUAUGCCAGUGUUUAAUCUUUUAUUAGAAUGUGACAAUGAAUUUUUCAUACAACAGUUUUGUAUGCUAAUUUUCAGUGAACUCUUAUACCUGGAUUUAGGGUUCUCUGUAUAAUUCAUAAUAGUGGCACUAUUGCCGAAGCUCUUAGGGCAUUUACGUGGCUCUGCAUCUUUGAACGAGGCAUCCUAUUAUAAUGCAGAACAUAAUAGAUUUUCAGAAAGGCGGUUUUUAAAAAAACCUUGAAAAGGGAUUAUGUCUAAAGCAAGCACUGCAUUCUUUGAAACCGCUCUUGGCUGUAAAGACUUUUGCUUCAGGUUUGUUUUUUUUGAGCUGCCCCUUCAAAUGCUCCUUUACAUUCUGGUUGCUGGAAGUUUAAAUCGUCGACACACAAGGCCUACAAGUAGGGCAGCGGGGGUCUUAAUGAAAAGGGAACCAAUACAAGUAAGGAGACAUUGAUCACUGCAGUAGUGAUUGUGGAGGAGGGAGUACCUGCAAAACACUGAAGCGCCUCAAGUCAUCUAUUCUUUGCAAAGCAGGGUAGAUACCACAUAGCUCAGGAGAACAAGUUAAAAGUUCAAGCUUAGCUUCCCUCUUUCUUGUCCUCAGUGUGAAAAGAUGGAAAGGAGUUGUGUAAAACACCAGAAUGAGAUCCGAGCUAAUCCUUUAUUGUCACCUUAGGUGUCAGUUUAUUUUUCUGAAUAAACAAUUCUGAAGAUAUUUUUAAAAAUCUUCACACAAAACAGCAUGAAGGUGGGAAAUAAGAUUGCUUAGAGCUGAACCAUCAACCUAAAACUAGUGUAAGAAGCGCUGUGCAUAUUUUAAAGCAAUUACAUUUAAGAUGAUAUCUUACCCUUGUCGAACAGUACAUGUGACAGAAGGCCAUGAAAACUUGCUGUUUAUGUAAUGGCAUUCCCUAUACUAUUAGUGUUUCUUGUGCAAAUUAAGCAGUUUAUAUUCAGUGUACAACAGUAAGCUGUAUUUCGUUUUAGAAUUGCUUAGCUAAUAAAAAUGAUCAAAUCAAAAUUAA